UUUAUAGAAGAGUGCGGGAAGUUUGUAGCCAGGGGGUUACCGUAGUCAUUUGGUGACAGCAUUUAUUAUUUUUUUAAUCAGAAUUUUCCAGUUUCUAAGAUGCCCCCCAAAAGUAAGGCACCUCAAAAGGGUAAAGCUCCUGCCAAGAGAAAGCUGGCAGAAGAAUUUAGUCCUGGAGAGGUGCUGACAGAUACAUUAAAAAAGCAAUGGAAGCUUGGGCAUCCUGUUGGAAAAGGUGGAUUUGGAAUGCUUUACUUAGCACAUGAAAAUUCUCCAAAGCCAGUUGGUUCAGAUGCCCCCUUUGUGAUUAAAGUGGAACCAAGUGAAAAUGGACCUUUAUUUUCUGAACUGAAGUUCUACAUGAGAGCUGCUAAACCUGAUCUAAUUACUAAUUGGGUCAAAUCUAAGAAACUAAAGUAUUUGGGAGUGCCCAAGUACUGGGGAUCUGGUCUGUAUGAGAAAGGAGGAAAAAGGUAUAGGUUUAUGGUUAUGGACCGUUUUGGUAAAGAUCUUCAAAAAAUCUUUGAAGAAAAUGACAGACAAUUUGCUCGGAAAACUGUUCUCCAGUUAGGGCUUAGAAUACUUGAUACCCUGGAAUACAUUCAUGAGCAUGAGUAUGUUCAUGCUGACAUAAAAGCAUCAAACCUGCUGCUUGAUUACAAGAAUCCAAAUCAGGUCUAUUUAGUAGAUUAUGGCCUGGCCUACAGGUAUUCCCCUAAUGGAGUUCACAAAGAAUAUAAAGAAGAUCCCAAAAGAUGUCAUGACGGGACCAUUGAGUUUACUAGCAUAGAUGCACAUUGUGGAGUAUAUUCAUCAAGACGAAGCGACCUAGAGAUUUUGGGUUACUGCAUGAUUCAGUGGCUGUGUGGAAAGCUACCAUGGGAAAAGAACCUGAAAGAUCCAUGCUAUGUUAGAGAUUAUAAAGUCAAGAGCAGAGAAAAUCUAUCAGUUUUCAUGGAAGAGUGUUUCUCAGAAGGAGAUAAACCAAAUGAGUUGAUCAAGUACAUGCAAGAAGUGAGAUCUUUGGAAUACAAUGAUAAACCGUCAUAUCAGAAGCUGCGAAACAUUCUCCUUGAAGGACUGAAAUCUUUUAAGGCCAAAGAUGAUGAUAAACUUGAUUUCUCUGUGCUCAGUGUUAAUAAGAUAUCAAGAUCUCCCAAGAAAAAAACACAAAAGAAAAUUUCUCUAAAGACAGAGACACCAGAUGACGAACUUGACGCUCCACCAUCGAAGAAAGUAAGAACAUCCUCUCUGAAAAAAGAGGAAAAUGGGAUAAAGGAGAAAACAUCAGCAACUUCAAAAAAGAAACUAAUGGAAACCAGUACUCAGACUUCACCGGGAAUCAGUAAAUCGGGAAGAGGAAGAGGACGAGGAAGAGGAAAGCCUAGGAAGACAUAAUUAAUUUUACUGCCUUUUUUCUGCCCUAAGCAUAUUUUAUCUCUUUUUUGACAGUUGUUGUUUUUUAAUCUUUGAUUAUCUGUUUUCUUUGUAUGUAUACCAUUGGAAAUAGUUUGAUGUGGAUAUCUGUAUAGUUUGUUUACAGCUGCUUUAUACUUUGAGCUGCACAGAUCAUUUUUCCAAAUAAAAAGAUAACAAAAGAGAAACAAUA